CUUUUCUGUGAUACAGAAGUGGACCAUUGUAGGGAAUGGAACACCAAGCGUCAGGAGAAAGGAGAACCCACGUAUGAUAAUAAUAUAUUCGAUGAUCUGGUAAGUAGAUUUGAGAAGCCAGAUAGGCGCAAUCGUUGGGAUUCUCCUCUUUUUGAAUUGUUUCCAUCUAGAGAUGGAGUAAUGGAAUCGUCUCCUGUUAUUGCUGAGGCUGUAUCAUAUUUGACUAAGAAAGUGGACUCUAAGACAAGAGAUGUGAAAGUUCUCCAACCUACAAUAGCCACUCAGACUGCUCGGACAACAGAAGCUAAUUCCCUUUACGAGAUGGACAAAGCAACGCAGGAGGUGAUCAAUGCAAUUGUUGAAGCACAAUCUUGUGGUCUUGGGCUUCCCGUGAAUAAGAUUUCUCUUGGUCCUGACCUACCAACUAUAUGUCUUCAAAGAUCAGUCGGUCUGCCUGAGCUUCGAAGCCUGCGACGCACUUUCAUUAAGCUGGCAGGGCAGUACAGCUUGAGUGGACCUCCCCCACCAGCAGAUGCUGAUAGCGCAACGAGGAUGUUUGUGGACUAUUUGAACAGGGAAAUCAGUUCCUGAUAUCAAUUUCUGAUGGAUUGACCCUAUGUAAGCCCUCUUUGUCUUGUGCGGCAAAGGCAUUGAAACUUGAAACUUUUUAUUGAGCCUAACGGAUUGUUUUCCCCUCUGAUCUUCUGCAUAAUUAUCCAGAAACACCAUGACACUCCUACACACUUACUGCUGAAUUAUGUCACUAUUACAACACGUAAAUUACACAAUUUUGAUGCA